UAUAUAUUAAACCUCCAAUUUUGACAAUGAAAAGAACAAACAAAAAACACAUACCUUCCUCAUAGUACAAGUCUUCAACUUGUAGAGCUUUGCAAAAAUCUUUCCAAAAUUCCCUUUGCUCUUUUCUUCAACGCCCAUUUUCAAAAUCAUAACCCACAUUUGUAUGAUCCGAAUCACAAAAUGAUACCAAGAAAGAACAACAUGGGUCGGGUUUCCCCAUUGUUACUGGUGUUACUCGCAUUAGGUUUCUUCUUUGCAACGUACAAUUUAGUCACAAUGAUAAUUCACAACAGGGUCGGUAGAAGUAACAGUACUGAAGAGUUCGACCCGGUUCCUAAAUCGGGUCUGUCGGGUUUAAAAGCUAGCGGGCGGAAAUUCCACGUGGCAUUGACGGCGACCGACGCGCCGUACAGUAAGUGGCAGUGUAGGAUCAUGUAUUAUUGGUAUAAGAAAAUGAAGGAUCGGGCUGGAUCAGAUAUGGGUGGGUUUACCCGGGUUUUGCAUUCGGGUAAACCUGACAAUUUGAUGGAGGAGAUUCCUACUUUUGUUGUUGAUCCCCUUCCUGAAGGAUUGGAUCGGGGUUAUAUUGUCCUUAACAGACCCUGGGCUUUUGUUCAAUGGCUAGAAAAGGCACCAAUCGAAGAAGAAUACAUUCUAAUGGCAGAGCCCGACCAUGUAUUUGCAAAUCCUUUGCCAAACUUGGCUCUUGGAGAUCACCCAGCUGCAUUCCCCUUUUUCUACAUAAAACCAUCUGAACAUGAGAAAAUUAUACGAAAAUAUUAUCCAGAGGAGCUGGGCCCAGUGACUAAUGUUGAUCCAAUUGGAAACUCUCCAGUAAUAAUUAAAAAGUCCAUUUUGGAGAAAAUUGCUCCCACAUGGAUGAAUGUUUCUUUGAGGAUGAAAGAUGAUCCAGAAACCGACAAGGCAUUUGGCUGGGUUCUAGAAAUGUAUGGCUAUGCUGUGGCGUCCGCUUUACAUGGUGUCCGCCACAUUCUUCGUAAGGACUUCAUGCUACAGCCCCCAUGGGAUCUGGAAGUUGGCAAGCGGUUCAUCAUUCAUUAUACCUAUGGGUGUGAUUAUAAUAUGAAGGGAGAGUUGACAUAUGGAAAGAUUGGUGAAUGGAGAUUUGAUAAAAGAUCUUACCUUCGCGGUCCUCCACCAAAGAAUCUCACUUUGCCCCCUCCAGGGGUUCCCGAAAGUGUGGUAAGAUUAGUGAAGAUGGUUAAUGAAGCUACUGCUAAUAUCCCUGGAUGGGAAACAGAGUGAGAGCGAGUUAGAUCCGAUAUAUGUACUUACCUAUAUUUAUACUUUGCUGAUUUUGUGAAGGCCAAUGCAUGUAAAGGGUGCCCAAUUUUGUCAGGCUUCAAGAUGGAUAAUCUUUAGAGCAAUAUAUGAUUUUAACAAGUAAAAUAGACAUGGUGCCAUACUAGAUAAGUUCUGUCAUUAGAUAUUCUUCUUUCUUUCUCCAUGGCACUUAUGGGCUAAACUAUAGAGAGUAUUCUUUUUGUAAAAUUCUGUUGCUGAAAUGUCUUUAUGUGUAACAGGAGAUGUGAUGAGCUAAAUGAGGGCUCAAAAAGUUUCUUU